AUGGGCACAGGGGCCAAGAUAUUACACUUCAAGCAUCACAAUCUGAUUUUCAAAGAUUCGUUGAACUUUCUGAAUAUGCCCCUUGCGGCCUUUCCAAAAACUUUUGGUUUAACAGAGCUCAAGAAAGGAUUUUUCCCACACAAAUUUUCUAUGCUUGAAGAUUUACACUACGAGGGUAAGAUUCCAGACAUCAAGUACUUUGAACCACAGCACAUGUCUAAAGAGAAGAAAGAAGAAUGCGAAAAGUGGCAUGCUGAGCAAGUGACAGAAGGAAAGACUUGGAAUUUUCAAACAGAAAUGUUGGACUAUUGCAAAAGCGACGUACAGUUACUGCGAGAAGGGUGCCUGAAAUUUGCUCAAGACACAAAGAACGAGGCAGGAUUUAAUCCCUUGACACAAUGCAUUACGAUCGCCUCGACCUGUCAUUAUUUCUGGCGAAACUAUCAGAUGCAGCCAAAAACCAUUGCCGUUGAACCUGUGAAUGGAUGGGGCGGUCUCAAAGUGAACCAAAGUAAAGUAGCACUCCAAUGGUUGUACCUGGAAGAUCUAAAAUUGGGUGGCAACAGAAUCAAACACACACGAAAUGGCGGAGAGCAAGUUGUCCAGAUCAAGGGUGGCAGAGUCACCGUGGAUGGUUAUGAUCCAUUGACUAAAACAGUCUUCGAAUUCCAAGGAUGUGAGUACCAUGGAUGCAAAAAGUGUAAUCCGUAUAGGAGACAUAUGAAACCAUUCCAUCAUCCGGAUAGAACGAUAGAAGAAAUUUAUCAAGUCACCCAACGAAAAAAAGAGCUGAUCAAACAGGCUGGAUACACAGUGAUUGAACAAUGGGAAUGCGAUUUUAACAAAAAACUAAAACAAUGUCCAAACUUGCAAGAGCAAAUUGAUAAAAUGACCUGGGUUUCUCCUUUGAACCCAAGAGAUGGUUUUUAUGGUGGAAGAACUGGCAUGGCAAAAUGCCAUUAUCAGGCAGAAGACAACGAGAAAAUUUUAUAUGAAGAUUUCACAUCUUUAUAUCCUACCAUCAACAAGUACGCAACCUACCCCAUUGGACAUCCACAGAUUAUCGUGAAUCCAUCGGAUCAGAACAUCUUUCACUACUUUGGAAUCGCUAAAGUGGAUGUCUUACCACCAGAAAAAUUGCUGCAUCCUGUGUUACCGGUGAAGCUCAAUGAAAAAUUGCUGUUUCCUCUAUGUGUAAAAUGCGCAGAGGAUCAAGCAGAACGCCCUUGGUAUGAACGCUCCAAUCUCUGCCCACACAGUGAUGAAGAGAGAACAAUAACAGGUACUUGGUCCACCCCAGAACUGCUAAAAGCAGUGGAGAAGGGGUACCAAAUUACCAAGAUCCAUGAAGUCUGGCAUUUUCCGGAGAGUCAAAGAAAGGAGGGCCUUUUUGCACCGUAUGUGAAUACAUGGCUAAAACACAAGACCGAAGCCAGUGGAUGGCCUGCUCACUGUUUGACUGAAGACCAAAAAGCAGAGUACGUGGAACAAUAUGAAGAACACGAGGGGAUUAAGCUGGAUCCUGAAAAGAUUGAGAAGAAUCCAGGUCGUAAACAAGUGACGAAGCUUAUGUUGAACAGCUUUUGGGGGAAAUUUGGGGAGAACGAGCAUCGCACACAGACACAAUCGAUUCAGGACGAAGAUACUUGGCCAAAAAUUGUGCAGGACGAAUCGUUUAUGGUCAAAGAUGUACGUAUUUUUAAUGAAGACGUCAUGGAAUUAAGCACACUCAAAUACGAAAAUGCCUGUGCAAGCAGUGGUAAAAUCAAUAUUUUUAUUGCAUGUUACACGACAGCCUUGGCGCGUCUAAAGCUAUAUGCAGAAUUGGAAAUGCUUGAAAACCAAGUGUUAUACUAUGACACCGAUUCUGUGAUUUACAGUUACAAAGAAGGAGAAGUCAAAAUCCCUACGGGUGUGUUCCUUGGUCAAAUGACAGAUGAAUUUGCAGGCGAUGCUAUUACAGUGUUUGGGUCUGCGGGACCUAAAUCGUACUGUUAUCAGACAGCGAAGGGUAAAACCGAAUGCAAGAACAAGGGAACCAAGCGUUCGUACGAAAUCAACCAGGUAUUAAAUUGCAGUUCAAUGAUGAACCAUAUCGAGAAGGAGUUAAAAGAUCCAUUGGAGCAAAGACGGUUGAUGGAAAUAGAAAUAAAGAAUCAUUUUGUCACAGAUAACACAAACAAGACUGUUAGUUUAACAGAUUUAGUGAAAGUGUUUGAUGUCAAUUGGGACAAGCGUGUCGUUGAAAAAACCACAGGGGUCACUUACCCCUAUGGCUAUGUGAGGUUGUAA